GUGGGAUCCACAUGAACAAAAUGUUUUGAAGAACCAUAACUACUGUAAGUUCCGAAAGCAACAAGACAAUCUGAUUUGCAGUCAUGCAGUCCAGUCCUGUAGUUGGUUCAUCGAGAAACAUGACCUCUGUGAAUAACCAGGAUAAUUUCUGAAAACUCAGUUAAAUGGCAAUCAGGAGAUUCAGAGAUAGUAUUUUUUGCUCUGAAGAGGAUAACAGCCUGUAUUUUACAUACAGUGGCAAAUCAAAUGUCCUAGAAGUGAGAGAGCUCAACUACCAGGUUAACAUGACAUCUCAGAUCCCCUGGUAUGAGAACCUAGCAGAGCUGAAAAUGCCUUGGAUGUGGAACAAAGGCCCAGAUUCCCAUGUGCCAGCAAUCCAGAAUCUGAACUUUAAAGUUCAAAGUGGCCAGAUGCUAGCUAUGAUAGGAAGCUCUGCCUGUGGAAAAACAUCCUUACUUGACGUGAUAACCUGUCGAGAUCAUGGUGGGAAAAUUAAAUCUGGCCAAAUCAUAAUCAAUGGAAAACCCAGUACUCACCAGCUUGUUAAGAAAUGCGUUGCACAUGUACGUCAGGAUGAUCAACUACUACCCAACCUAACAGUCAAAGAAACUUUAUUAUUCAUUGCAAAACUGCGUCUCCCGAAGACUUUUUCAGACUCACAAAGGGAAAAAAGGGUGGAAAAUGUUAUAGCGGAACUGCGGUUACGACAGUGUGCAAACACAAGAGUAGGGAAUGAAUACAUCCGAGGUGUGUCGGGCGGAGAAAGGCGAAGAGUAAGCAUUGGAGUGCAGCUGCUGUGGAACCCUGGAAUACUGAUACUUGAUGAACCCACAUCUGGACUAGACAGUUUUACUGCACACAACCUUGUGAUAACACUAUCCAGGCUUGCCAGAGGAAACAGAUUAGUUCUCCUUUCAGUUCACCAGCCCCGAUCAGAUAUAUUCCAACUCUUUGAUUUAGUUCUUCUGAUGACCUCUGGAACUAUCAUCUAUUCUGGAACAGCCCGGGACAUGGUCCAAUAUUUCACAGAAAUCGGCUAUCCCUGCCCAAAAUACAGCAAUCCUGCAGAUUUCUAUGUUGAUUUGACCAGCAUUGAUAAACAGAGCAAAGAGAAGGAGUUGGAAAGUCAGAAAAGGGCAAGGUCACUUGCCACCUUGUUCUGGGAGAAGGUCAAAGAUUCUGAUGACGUCUUAUGGAAAGCUAAUGAACGAGCCUGUGUGACGACUGUUCACAGUGAACAAAGUUCCCUCUUCACUCCAGAAGAGGUGAUUAACAUGCACGCCCAGUCAACUGAUCAGUUACCAGGUGGCUUAAAGCAGUUUACUGUAUUACUAAGUCGUCAAAUCUCCAGUAACUUCAGAGAUCUUUCAACGUUAUUAAUCCAUGGAUCUGAGGCCCUUCUAAUGUCAUUAUUAAUUGGAUUCUUAUACUAUGGUCAUGAGAAAAGCAAGCUAUCUAUUCAGGACACAACAGCACUGUUGUUUUUGAUAUGUGCACUAAUCCCCUUCACAGUGGUCCUGGAUGUUAUUUCAAAAUGUCAUUCAGAAAGAGCUAUGCUUUAUCAUGAUUUAGAAGAUGGGAUGUAUUCUGUUACUCCCUACUUCUUUGCUAAGAUUUUGGGGGAGCUCCCAGAACACUGUGCUUUUGUAUUAAUUUAUGGAGUUCCUAUCUACUGGCUGGCAAAUCUCAGUCCUGAACCAGAACAUUUCCUUCUUAACUUCCUGGCAGUCUGGCUUGUGGUUUUCUGUGCCCGAGCAAUGGCACUAUGGUUUGCAGCACUGUUCCCAACACUGCAAAUGUCAGCCUUCUUCGGCAACACCAUUUUCACAACAUUCUUCAUCAGUGGCGGUUUCGUGGUAAGGUUAGAAAACCUGUGGCUAGUUCCACUUUGGAUUUCUAAACUAUCUUUUGUCAGAUGGAGUUACGAAAGCCUGAUGCAAAUUCAGUUCACUGAACUCACAUACCAAAUGACGGUUGGAAAUGUUACCUUUCAAAUUCCAGGGAAACUUGUAAUUCAAGCUAUGAAGCUGGACUCGUACCCUCUCUACGCAAGCUACCUCAUCCUUAUUGGUAUUGGUACUGGUUUCAUGCUUUUAUACUAUUUAUCACUGAGGUUCAUCAAGCAGAAAUCAAAUCAAGAUUGGUAACAGGGUAAAAAUGAAGGAAAGAUUAGCACGAGUGGGUGGUUGGUUAUUGUGACUCGUGUAAAACACCUGCCCACUCGCUCACCACAAAACGGAUCCCAUCUUUUACACUUCACAAUGUUCAUGUUUUAUUAGUACGCUACAGCAAAGAUGUACCGUAAAACUCAUUCUUUUAAUAUCACAUUGUUUUAUGUAAACCACUGGAUGGCAGCAGAAUACAGAUAGUUGAAAGUCAGCUUCAGAAUCUUUGACUCUGUGCUAUAAGUGGUAAAAAAACUAAACUACUAACUUGUGCCUUCAAUGUUUUUUCCUUUUGACGUCAUUAUAUAGGUGACAAGAUGCAUGUGACUCACAUAUAUGUUUUAGUUCAAGAAUAUGGGGCCAGAUCCUCAGCUAGUGUAAAGCAAUGUAGCUCCCUUGACUUAAAUGAACUUACACCAAUUUACACCAGCUGAGGAUCUGGUCUAUAGACUCUAAAUGAAUAUUGACCAUAUACUUAAUUUGGAGACUCAGAUAGAGUAACAGUAUAAUGAAAAUAAUGAUUUACAUCUCUCACCCACAAAGAUCCCAGUGUAUACACUAUAUAUAAAUCACUUCACUCAGUGCAAGACAGCAGACAGAGAAUGGUAACUUUGUAACAAAGCAAUUUAGGACAGGAGAUGAAGCGUGUGAUUUCAUUGAAGCUACUGAAGGAUUUUAUGUAGGCAGAAGGUAAUGAUCCAAACCAGAGAGUUAAAAAUAAUUCAGAACAAUUGUUAAAUGUUUCAGAGAUUCUUCAUUUGUAUUUUAUUUGCAUGUUGUUGAUGCACUUCUCUUGACUGUUUGGAUGAUUCCUUGUUACAAAUCAACAUGUCACUAUGUAUUAUACUGCCAUAGUCUAUAUUUGACAAUAUUAAUAAAAUAUCAUUAUAAAAAAAACAAUGAACAUCAUCCUGCAUACAACCAGUCAGUAUUCUAGCAGUUUACUAAGUCUGUAUCCUCACAUUCUUGGUGCUGAAUAC